UCUAUUUUAUUUCCCUCCUCCUUGAGCAUUAGAGGCCGCCGCACGCGGACUCUCUCUCUCGUCUCUCACACUCUCCUCUACCGUGUAAGCCAUCGCCGCCGUGACUUGGUCCCAAUUCUCUCUCCCUAGGUCAAAAUCGUUGCCAUCUAAGGUCCCAACUCCGUGCGAAGAUGGCUGCACUGAAUAAUCUCACCGAGCAUCUCGAAGCUUUCGUCGACGUCACUCGUUCCCCUACUCACCAUGCUGAGAGUCUGAAAGCGAUUGCUACUUCCUUGGAGAAGGGUGUCUUGUCUAUAAACCAAUUGGUCGUGGAGAUGGACAUGUAUUUGACGACUACUGAUGAUGUUGUCCGAGCACGAGGUAUUCUCUUGCUUGCGGAGAUGCUGGAUUAUCUAAAGUCAAAGCCUUUGGACAAUGCAGUUGUCCAUAGUCUCAUUGGUUUCUUUACCGCUAAGCUGGCAGAGUGGAGAUCGGUGCGCGGUGCACUUUCUGGUUGCUUGGCUCUGAUUAAGAGGAAAGGCGUAGCUGGUUUGGUCACUGCUGUUGAUGCAGAAGCUGUGGCCAAGUCAAUGGCACAGAGUAUUCAAGUGCAGUCUUUAGCACUGUAUGAUCGCAAGCUCUGUUUUGAACUAUUGGAGUGCCUUCUAGAGCAAUACCCUGAAGCUAUGAUAAAUUUGGGAGAUUUGAUGGUUUAUGCUACAUGCGAAGCCAUCGACGGAGAAAAAGACCCUCCAUGCUUAAUGGUAGCUUUUCAUGUAGUAGAGCUUUUGGGUCGAUUGUUUCCCAGUCCCUCCGGUCCAGUUGCGUCUGAGGCCUCUGAUCUUUUUGAGUUUAUAAGUUGCUACUUCCCACUUCACUAUACGCAUACAAAAGGUGAUGAAGCUAGUAUUCCAAGAGAAGACCUUUCAAGGGGACUAUCUCUGGCAAUCUCUUCGACGCCUUUUUUCGAACCGUAUGCUAUUCCAUUGCUUCUUGAAAAGCUUUCAUCUUCUCUACCAGUCGCAAAGGUUGAUUCUUUGAAAUGUCUGAAAGAUUGCGCUGUGAACUAUGGAGUAAGCAGAAUGAAGAAGCACUAUAAAGAUCUUUGGCCCGCUUUAAAAGAUGCACUUUAUGCUUCCACUAAGACAGAUUUGUCCUUUGGUCUAGAAUCCCUCACUAGUCCAGGGUUUGAAAUGGGUGAGAUCCACAGAGCAGCUGUUAAUCUUCUUCAGAGGCUUGUCAAGCAAGAUAUCUCGUUUUUAGGUCUUGUUGUUGAAGAUAUACGCGUAAACAUGGUCUUCGAUACCAUUUCUAGAUACUUGCGGUAUGAAGAAAUGCUUGACACGAGCAAACUGGAGGUUCUUGUUGUCAGUCAGAUACUGUCUGUGUCUGCCAGAUCUUCUGUUGAGUCAUGCAAUAUAAUCUUUCAAACCUUUUUCUUCCGCCUUAUGAAUACUCUAGGGAUUGUAGAGAAAACGUCAACUGGUGAUCUUGUCCACAACGAAAACUCGACGGUUUCUACUAGACUCUACCAUGGAGGUCUUCAUCUUUGCAUCGAACUUCUUACAACAUCAAAAGAUCUUAUUCCGAGCUCCGAGGAAUGUACCUCAACACCUGAAAGCGCGCAGCAAUCAUGGUGCUCUAUAGUUAGCAGGUUCUCAGCUUCACUGAUCGAGGCGUUCACUUCUGCAGUACAAAGCUCUAAUGAUGAUUGUAGUGCAGAUGCAUAUCUUGGAGUUAAAGGUUUGCUGGCUAUGGGUAUGUUCCGGGGCGGCUCUUCUCCUGUAUCGAGAUCUGAAUUCGAGAAGAUAUUGACGACCUUAACAUCAAUCAUCGCAGCCAAUAGUGCCAAAACAGUGAAGUGGGAAUUGGCAUUGAAAGCGCUUGUCUGCAUGGGUUCAUUUAUUGAUCGGUAUUCUGAGAGUGAAAAGGCUAUGAGCUACAUGGCUAUAGUUGUCGAAAAUUUGGUCUCGCUGGUUCGCUCUAGUCAUUGUUCUCUUCCAUCUCCAAUGAUAUUAGAAGCAACUUCAGAAGUUUGCUCUACUAGGCCAACGUACGUAGAGAAAAUGGUUGAAGGAUUUGAAGAAGCUUUCUGCUCCAGUUUCUCUGAUUUCUGUGUCAAUGGAAACUUCAAGUCAAUCGAAAAUUGUUCUCAGCUCCUGGAGUGUGUGACCAAUAAAUUGCUUCCACGUCUGACAGAGAUCGAUGGUCUCGAGAAAAGCUUGGUGCAUUUUGCUAUCAGUAUGUGGAAUCAAAUUGAAUCCUCUGUUGUUUUCAGUUAUGAUUUUAAUGGCAGGGAGUUUGUUGAGGCAGCAACGAAAACAAUGGGAGAAAUUGUAGGAGUUGCUUCGGUAGAUUCACAGAAUAGUAUAAUCCAAAAAGCUUAUAAUGUGAUCUCAUCAAGCACGCUUCUAGCUAUGGAGUCUAUUCCUCUAACCUUUGCUGCGUUAGAGGGUUUACAACGCGACCUGUCCACUAGGGAUGAGUUGAUACUUUCACUAUUUGCGUCAGUUAUCAUAGGUGCAUCUCCCAAGGCAUCCAUUCCAGAUGUGAAGUCACUUGUACAUCUGUUUUUGGUAUCCUUUCUUAAGGGUUAUAUCCCAGCAGCUCAAGCUUUGGGUUCAAUGGUUAACAAAUUGGGAACGGGUUUGGAAGAAGCAUGUGAUACAAUAUUUCACGAGAGUUCUGCAUCUGGAAGCAGUAUUCCUUCUGAUGACUCUAGUAAAACUAUCGGUGGAAGUGAGGCACUUUUGUCAAAGAUAUGUUUAGGUUUCUAUGGUUCGCUGGACCUUCAAACCCACGCUAUAACAGGUCUAGCGUGGAUUGGGAAAGGUUUACUCAUGCGGGGUGAUAAAAGAGUUAAUGAGAUAGCUCUUGUACUUGUGGAAUGCUUAAAAUCCACUAACAGUUCCGGGAAUGCUCUGCAUCCUUCUGCCAUGAAACAUGCAGCUGAUGCAUUCCUCACACUAAUGUCUGAUUCGGAAGUGUGUCUGAACAGAAAGUUUCAUGCAGUUAUACGGCCACUCUAUAAGCAACGGUUUUUCUCUAUAACAGUUCCUAUUUUGGAGUCGUUGAUUGUGAAUUCCCAGACUCCACUCUCAAGGACAAUGUUGCAUGUCGCUCUCGCGCAUGUUGUAUCCAACGUUCCAGUUACGGUCAUAUUGGACAAUACCAAAAAGCUGCUCUCGGUGAUAUUGGAAGGCUUGUCUGUCUUAAGCGUUGACUCUGUGCAUAAAGAAACACUUUUCAGUCUGUUACUGGUUUUAUCUGGAACGCUUACUGAUAUUAAAGGUCAACAAUCAGUCAGUGAUAAUGCACACAGAAUCAUCGAAUGCCUGGUCAAGCUUACAUCAUACCCACAUCUAAUGGUUGUAAGGGAGACGGCGAUUCAGUGUCUUGCUACUUUGUUGGAAUUGCCCCAUGGAAGAAUCUAUCCUUUCAGAAGAGAGGUUUUACAAGCAGUAACAAAGGCACUCGAUGAUCCAAAACGUAGAGUUAGAGAAGAAGCGAUUAAAUGCAGGCAGGCUUGGACGUCGAUCUCAUCCAGGAGUACCCCUUUCUGAAGUUUGAUUCAGAGUUUCAUGAAGCCAAGUUAUGUUUCUUGAAGCAAUGCAGUAUCUUUACUGUAUUCUUAUAGAGUUAGUUUCCUUACCGGGACUGGCACAUGUAUCCUCUUGAGUCUAAAGUCUUUGGGUCUUUAUGAUGCAUUUAUACCCCUAUUUGCUAUUCUGUUAUAUAUGAAGGAUACUAAUAGACAAGUCUUCAUCUA